AUGGUCAUCAUAGAUAAUCCUUCGUACUUCGCGUUCCCGGACAAAGAUGUCACGGACAGUACCGGCCUUCAGGCUUCAGGGUCUGAACAGUUUUCCAGAUCUGCUCCAACUCGAGCUUGGGCAGAUAAUGCCAGGCCUCUCAGUUCCCCACGGAGACGAGAACCAGAAAGCCCUCGAAGAAAAGAAUUCAGAGCACUCCUCAGAUCACUAUCAGCAAAGGAACCUGAACAAGCCGAAGCAUUCCUCAAAGGCCAACCGCGACCAGGAGAUUGUGCACCCGGAGAUAUGAAACACACGUUUACUGCUCCGCGUAUAAAAAAGGGCAAAAUUAGUUCCAAAGUAAUUACAUCUAACGGUUCAAGGGAUCAUGAGGAGGUGUUCUAUACGAUUCCCUUGCAAGGAAGAAGACGGCACUCAGUAGGUGGCUAUUUAGCUACUGGUUCUAGUGGCACUGGAGAAGUCACGACUGUUCCUAGUGAAGUACCAAAGAUGCCACCACCAAGAAUUAAUAAGACAGAAGAAGAAGCCGUUAAAAGAAGACGACCAAAGAAUUUUUCUUUCAAAGAAAUGGAAGACAUCGCAAUACUUUGGAGCUCAGGUUCUCCCGAAAGCGCUUUAUGGUCGGACUACCUCGUGGCCAGCUUCGACAAGAUCAUGUCGCAAAGAGCCAGACAUCAUUAUAGAGUCACUCCAGUCACCGCAGAAGAGUUAGUUUCAGCUGAAUCUCAAGAUAAACUGGACAAAUUGGGCAAAGCUCAACUACAAAUAGUCAUACUUUGUCCAAUACUUGCAUCUAAACUGUCGGAGCUGAAGAGAGAUUUGAACGCUGAUACUAUUUUUAAAACCGACAAAGUUCUAGUUAUGUUAUUAGGAGUUGAGAAGAAUCAAAUAAUUGCUAAUAAUUGCGAAGAUUAUUCCAACAUAGACCAAUGGAAGAUGAUGUCAGUUCGUGAGAAGGAUACGUCUUUUGUGGACACUUUCCUCACAGCCGCUGUUGGUAUCCUACGUACAAAAGACUGCAAAGACACUGCAGCAGAUAGAACUAGCUUCUCAAUUGUGCCAAAGAAAGUUAAAAUUGGUCAAAGUCGAGUGAUAGCGCUCCUAAACGACCCAAUUCGGGAGGAAGAUAGUAUUAAGAUAAUGGUCGACAAAAAAGGAGAGGUCAUUCACAUACCGUCGUUUAAGAAAAGGAAUCCUUACACGCUUCAAUUUGAUAUUCCAGAAUCAUGCCUGGAAGUGUCUAUGUUGGUUUGGGUGAGGGUGAGCAAAAAUGGACAGUCGCUGGGAAGGAGACAAAUAAAAUGCGAGAGCCGUUUGAGGGAAUUGGAUCAAUUAUUAAGAGCAUCCGAUCAUCCGUUGGAGUUUAUGUGCCAGACAUUAGGUUUUAAGACUACGAGUAAGGAACAAUUGGAUAGUUGGAUGCUAAACGCCUUCCAGAAGAAUAUUCCGCCGCACUUCAAUCUACUAGCUUCAAACGAACAUUACAACCCCAAAGCGGACAUGAGCAGCGGUGAAGAAUACCCUACAUUGCUUCACUGGGCCGCUCGGUUUGGUCUUGAGCGAGUGUGCUGGCAGCUGUUAGAAUGUCCGGGAGGCGCGGCCGCAGUCGCUAUCAAGAACGCUCGACGUAGGACGCCGCCCGACCUCGCGCGGGACCACAAUCAUCACCGACUCGCUGAUAUGUUGGCUGAUCAUCUCAAAAUAAACGAAUUCUCAAACAUGUACUACUAUUUGAAGAACAUGUCCGACAAUGAUAAAGAGGACUCACAGGAGGAAGACAAACAACCGGAAGAACUUUGUAUCGUGGAGACAGAAGACACUGUUGACUCACCGAGUUGUGAACAUAAAGAAGACUCGAGCGAAGUACCAACGGAUCCAUUCAGUGAAGUCUGCACCCAGAACUUAGAAGAAUCACCUGAUAAAAAAGAAGAGAAAAAACAAAGACCGAAUCCUAUUAAACUGCCAAAAGUUAAAGAACAGUUCUACCAAAACGAUUUCCAACUGCACGAUCACAAAAUUGACAGAGUUCAACAAGCUAUAGAACAUGAUUAUCUAUUCCAACCAUCCAAUAUAAAGGUCGAAAGCCCAAAAUUCCGACCGAACAAUUUGUAUGCAAACAGCUCGAGAUUACUACCGCAGCAAUCUGAUGUGUUUCUUUACUCACCCACCGAAGAAUCUAAAACUUUCAACAUCGAAACGCCAACAAGUGAUAUAAGUCAGAUAAAUUUGAACGUACGCAACAGUGGCAGCAUUAAAUCUGGCAAAGACGCCUCCGGACAAGAGGAACUGGCGGAAAUAAUCAACGAUUUCAAAAACAACGUAUUCACAAUAUCUGAAGUUGAAAAACUCGUGAUGGAGUGGCGGAACAGGAACGAAACACAACAGUCGCUGAAAGAAAAACAGGAACAACUAAAUAAAAUGAGAGAAGAAUACGACAAGAUACAACAAAAGAUUAAAGAUAACAUGAAAAGACCAACUCCAUUCGAGAGGGUUAAAAAGAUGUUCUCAAAAAGCAAAAGCAAUAAACAUCACGAAACAAACACUGGCACGAUUGAAAAAAGAAAUGGUAACACCAGACCGAACAGCAGUUUGAGUGACAGUUCAUCAUCGUCAGGUCGUCUCAGUACAGUCAGCGGCGGCAGUGUCGGAGAAACACACAGCGUGCAAUCGGAGUUAGACGAUAAAGCUAGAUCAGUUAUAUCCGCGAGUACUCUGACAAUGAAUUCGUGUGACGAUAAUCGUCUCGACGACUACUUGAUCCCGCCGCCGCCGCGACCCCUCAACGGAUGUCCACAAUUUACAACAUUCGGACAUCCUAAACACGACAAUAGAAGCCAACACAUGGCGACUAUUGUUGAGAGAGAAGCGUCCGCUUCUAGAGAAAGGCUGGAUUGCGACUCUGAUGCGAGCUCGACACACCUACGACUGAACUUUUCUUCGCGCGACAGAUCUGUCGCAAGUAGAUGCGACGAUCGCGACGGCGCACACAUGUACAUGAAUAUUUCCGCUGCACAUACAUAA